AUGGGGUGGUUCUCUGAUGAUUCCGACCAGGCCCAAGCCUACAAUGACUACAACAACAACGGGGUUGACCAAAACCAACCGCACCUCUCUCACGAACUAAUCGCGGGCGCUGCUUCUUACGAGGCCGCCAAGGCGUAUGAGAAUCACUGUGCGGAAAACGGCCAGCCAGGAUCUCACGCAGAGGCGAAGGAAAUCAUGUCCGGAUUCGCGGGCGCCUUCAUCGACCGAGAAGUCGAGUCAAAAGGCAUGGACUUUAUAGACGCCGAGAAGGCCAAGUACCAAGCCCAGCAGCACAUCGACAAUGUGCCCGCAGAUCAAUUGGGAUAUUAA